ACGUGGCAGUACGCAGGCGCGAUCCCCGGCAGCAGGCUGACUGAUACCGCGAGCGUCUCGCGCUGAAAGUUUUCGCUAGCUCGCGGUAAGAGUGUGGAGUUGUCGGUGUGUUAGACUCUCAGCAUGGGGCUGACCAUCUCCUCACUGUUCGGGAGACUGUUCGGGAAGAAACAGAUGAGAAUUCUCAUGGUGGGUCUGGAUGCUGCAGGUAAAACCACAAUAUUGUACAAACUGAAACUUGGAGAGAUUGUGACCACGAUCCCAACUAUCGGCUUUAAUGUGGAGACUGUGGAGUACAGGAACAUCUGCUUCACCGUGUGGGACGUCGGCGGUCAGGAUAAGAUCCGUCCUCUGUGGAGACAUUACUUCCAGAACACUCAGGGUCUGAUCUUCGUGGUGGACAGUAAUGACCGAGAGAGAGUGGCCGAGUCUGCUGAUGAACUCUCCAAAAUGCUACAAGAAGAUGAGCUGAGGGAUGCUGUGCUGCUGGUGUUUGCUAACAAACAGGAUCUGCCCAACGCCAUGCCAGUCAGUGAGCUCACAGAUAAACUGGGCCUGCAGAGUUUGCGUAGCCGAACGUGGUAUGUUCAGGCCACAUGUGCUACACAAGGAACUGGACUCUAUGAAGGACUGGACUGGUUAUCCAAUGAGCUGUCCAAACGCUAGUGCUGUCCAUCACCUCACACACCGAGAGAGAGAGAUUGUGUGUGCGUGCGUGUGUGCGUCCGUGUGCGUGUGUGUGUGUGUGUGUGUGUGCGUGUGUGCGUGUGUGCGUGUGUGAGUGAGAAAGUGUGUGUGUGUGUGUGUGAGUGAGAAAGUGUGUGUGUGUGUGUGUACAGGUGAUCUAUCUAUGAACUCUGUUCUCAAGAACCAGUGUGUGAUGGAUGGGACUAAACCCGGGGGUAGGGUUUUUAGUCAAACCAAGCGCUACCACCACCAUGGUUUUUUUUUCUUAUUCCCUGUACUCUUUGGUCACUUUUAGUUUUAUUGCUAUGAUCUGAUUUCUUAGUGAUGAGAGAGAGCGGGCCGGGGUGACAUGACUUUCGGGUUUUGUACCAGGAACAAGCCAUGGUCACUUUGUCAGCACACAGAUUGUGUCAUUAAAAAGUAGUGAGAUGUUUUAAGUUGCACCAGUUGAAUUUUGUGACACUCCAGUUCAGUUAGACCGUAAAUAUCAGACUGGAUUGACUCCCUGUUCAUCUGUCUAAUCUAAAUCUGUUCAUCUGUCUAAUCUAAAUCUGUUCAUCUGUCUAAUCUAAAUCUGUUCAUCUGUCUAAUCUAAAUCUGUUCAUCUGUCUAAUCUAAAUCUGUUCAUCUGUCUAAUCUAAAUCUCUUCAUCUGUCUAAUCUAAAUCUGUUCAUCUGUCUAAUCUAAAUCUCUUCAUCUGUCUAAUCUAAAUCUGUUCAUCUGUCUAAUCUAAAUCUAAUCACAAACAGGAAGAAAUGCAUUCUUUAAAUUACAUCAUCAGUCUUUUGCAGCCCCUCCUCCUGUGAUUCACUCUGGGGGCGGGGCUACAUUUCAGGCUCCGUGUAAUAAAGCACAGUUUUGUAAAUGAUGAGAAGGACAAAUGUCUCGAGACUCGUUUAUAAUGACUGAGCCUUUAAUAAUGUUUACACCGCGAAUUACAAUUAAAACUAAAAUGAAACUCAGUUACUUCAACAGAAUCUGAGAUUUAUUCUCUAAGACAUUUUUGAGCCUUCUUUAGUUUCAAUUUCCUUCGUGGACGUUCCAUUUCCAUGUUUCCUACAUUACCCACAAUGCCAUGCUGAAAGUAAUGCUGCGGCACUUAAGUCCUUUGGUCUGUCCAGCUCUCUCUCUCUCUCAUCUGUCCACCGAGUUCUGGACUUAAACAACUCUUCAUAAAGCUUCACCUUUCACACUCACUGGUGGAGUCGUACAGCUGCAAUGCAUUCUGGGACCAGUGUUUCCUCAGUCUCCUCCUUCUACACUAAACUUCUUGUUAAUAAGACACACGAGCGUUUGUUUCAGGUGCUGAUGAUUAAACCCGAUUUUAAUAGUGCUAGCCCCGCCCCUGUGACACACCCACUAACAUCUCGCAGGAAUAACAAAACAUUACCAACCAACCAGCAGCGUGACAAAACUGGUCAGUGUUAUUUCAGUAUAAACAGAUUUACUGGGUUUCUGGGUGGAGGUUAAGUUCAACUGGUGCAACUGGUUUCUGUUUUUGUUGUAACUGAUAUUUCAGCUUUAGGGUAAACAGCAGUGUCAUGACCUUGCUUACUAUUUGUUGUUGGAAAUGAGACCAGCUCAGUGUUUUAGAGCUACACAUCAUCUAAAGUAGUGAUUUUAUAACUGGACUCUGACAUCUGUGUCCGGUUUGAAGGCCACUAGAUCUUUUAGAUUUCAGGUGAACCUUUUUCCUUUUGCACUCUCACCAUUCCAUGCUCUUUCAGCUUCAUUUAUUAUCUGUUCAUUUCCUCAAACCAAAGUCCAGGGUUCAAUGUGAAACUUAGAGGAUGGUUUCUUCAUUUCUGUCGUUCUCUCCAUCUUGUCCUCUGUGUCCUCCAUGUGAGUUGCUUGAGUGUUUCUCCUCACACUCGAGAUUUUAUGACUGAAUUCUGUGUGUUCCUGUCACGUGUGAUCCACACACACUCCUCCAUUUCCACUUAUCAGGUGAUGUCUCUGUACUUUAUGUCUUUACGGAUUUGUUUUAGAAUAAAAACUCAUUAAAACAAUCCUGAAGAACGCGGCAGCAUGCGUGUGUCCGAGCCUCACUGCCCUGCAGCCCUGCACCGGGGUUUUUAAUAAAGACGCUGAAUAAAAUCACUGCAGCUCGGGAUCCUGAGGCUUUUCUUUUCUGCUUUUUCUUUUGUUUUUACUUUAAUAAUAUUUCCUACAGCGACACAGUCUGCUCUGAGAGUCUUAAAUCAGAGAGAUAAUGCUGAUUUUGUGUAACACACACACACACUGGUUUCUGGAGGAGUUUCAGAACCCUCUCUCUCUCUCUCCUCUCCUGUGUGUGGAAAUCCCCUUCUCUCUACACUCAGGAGUUUUUACAGAUUCACAUUUAGACAGAAGAAAAGACUUUUUAAUAUUUAAUCCAGGGUUUCUUCAGGAACACAAAGUGCAGCAGUUCAGACAAAAAUGUUCUUUAAAGUUCUCUAGUUAAAGGUUCUCCUUUUUUUUUAAAGACUCUUUAUUGAUGGGUUCUGAUGAAUCCAAGUCCAGCUUUUCUAUGAGUCUAAUCUAAGCGUUUAGAUUUUUAGACAGAGCUCUGCUUUAUUUAAUCACAUACAAGUUUAUACAAUUUAAUAAAUCAAUAAAUAAAUAUCAAUUAUUCAUCCAGACUGAGAAUAAAGGAACUUUAGCAUUUCAUGCUUAACAGUUUUAAGUUUCAGUUCUGAUGAAAUUCGAAACUUUGGGUUGUGUGUUUUUCCAUGACAUCAACCUGUUUUCGUGUGAACUGGGCGUGGUCUGGCAGGGGCGUGGUCUUGAGGAGGAGCUGUGAGGUGAAGAGGAUAAAUACAGAGCAGGAGAGAACCUCUGUCUUUUCUUUCCUCCGGAUUUCUGCAGGAGCUGGACGUCAGAGCUGUAACUGCUCUCCUCAGCUCUGCUCUGUGAGGAUUUCUUCGGCCAUGGAGCCGCCGCUUGCAUCUUUCCUAUCUCUUGAGGAGGAAGAGGAGGAGUAAAACCAUAUCUGCCAAGGGAUAAUGGUACGCAGUCCUUCCUCCCUUUGUGAGGCAUCGUGUGGAUCCGUCCCAGAUCGUCUGCACAUAGGGUCAGAGGGACUGCGGUGGACAGCGCCAGGUCUAAACGGACCUGCCAAUAAAGCCACAGACUCCAGAAACAACCACAAACCACAAAUCUCAAAAAGCUCUUUCGUUUCUGGUGUCUGUUGCUUGGUUGGCGGGUUUCGUGGUUGACCUGCUGCUUAAUCAAUAAACCUGUUCUGAUUUCUUUAAGGCUGUACGCAAUUUUCCUGAUUAACAACAAAACUCAAUAAAAACAGCAAAACUCUGCAACGGAA